AUAUGACUAAAAGCGAGGAUUCAGAUCCGAACCAGGGUCAAGUUUAGCGAGAUAAUAGCUAGUUGAUUUCAUCAGCCAUUUCGAGAUCGUAGCUUUCUACUGGAAGGUGACUACUCGCACGAACAUUAACUCUCUAUCUGACGACAUUCUCUUCAGGAACCUGUGGCAUUACAACCAACCCACGGCCCCCAAGACACUAUGGCAUGGCAAUCAACCCGCGGCUCCCACGACAUGCAGAUCAGACAGCGACGCUUUAUGGGAAUCACUGGGUCAGAGGCCGAAAUACAUCACCGCGAACCUUUCUACCGGAAGGACCAUUCCUCCAUCACACAAGAAUCCAUUGCCGACUCCUCCUCCCCUCACGGAUGUCCCUCUGAAUCUCCGCAUCGCAGCCGUUUGCCGGCGAUGGCAAAGUCUCGUGCAGCGUUACGUCACCACGCUUGUAGUCAAGGAAAACCUCGUCGUUUCUCUCCGUGAACCCUCAGCUGCUGUCACGUGCUUUCCGAACCUGACGUACUUACUGCUGUGCGACAACAGCGUAGAGACUCUCACCGACGCUUUCCUCGCUCACCUCGCCUCGGCAUGCCCGAAGCUGACCUCUUUCCACGUGGGUCACAAGAUCACACAAGAUAUUAAGUACGACGCGAGGAAGGAGUUGCAUCCGAUUAAUCAGCCACCAGCAGCUUUCAUGCCUCGUUCGCCUUCCGAGCCUUACCAGCCUUUCCGUCUCCAACGAGACAAGCUUGAUUCAAAACAACCAGCGCUCCGCUGCAAUCGCCAUCGCGCAAAUUCCUCGCCUCAAGUCACUGGAGUUCAGGGUCAUGUUUCCUUCAGGAACGCCGUGCGCGAGCCUCGAGCGGCUGUUAAUCUACAACUCCAGUCAGCUAGAGCGGCUUCCAGACGACAUCAGCGACCUGCUGCCGAAUCUCCGGAAACUGAGCAUUCGCUACUGCAGAUUUUUCUCCCAGCUGCCCGGAAAUUUCAUCUCCCUGACUCGGUUGGAAAGCUUGGUGAUCUCGGUCAGCGAUUCGUUUUCCCGCCUGCCUGAAGACUUCGGGAACCUGCCUGCACUGGAAACGCUGGUCCUGGACGAGCUGCCUCGUCUUUCCCAUCUCCCCAACUCCCUCUCCGACCUCACCUGCCUCGAGACGUUCUUCCUGAUUGGCUCCCGGGAGAUCCGCCAGCUGCCAGGAGGCUUCUGCUCCCUCACCGCUCUUAAAACGCUCUGCCUGAUGAAGAUGCCGGGCAUGGUGCUUCCCGAGGGUAUUGGCGAGCUCUGCAAUCUUUAGACAUUGCUUCUGAACAAUAACGAUGAGAUGCAUCCGUUUCUCCCGGCCUCCUUCACACAGCUGUCGUCCUUGACCCGACUUGAGCUGUCUGGACUGACAUUGGACGAGCUUCCAGCGGAUAUUGGGAACCUGAGUAACCUUCGGCAGCUGCACGUCCAUUCCUGCUCUUUCAACGAGCUUCCAGAGUCCACUACAAUGCUUACCAAUCUGGAAGUGCUGACAUUUCAAGAGGUUUAUGAGCUCAUAUUACCAGGCGGUUUGGACAAGUUUGGAAAGCUGAGGCGUCUGGAGCUGCCAGGGUUUGAGGGGCCAUGUGAGCCACCUCAGGAUUUACCGCCUUCUCUUGAGGUCCUUCGCCUGGGAAGCUCCGAGGACUACACUACUUUGCCAGACAUCUCCAUGCCGGCAAGCCUCCAGAAGCUGUGCUUCAUUUUUGUGGACUUAGAGUCUGGGAUGACGUUCAGCAGGAGCCUGACUAACCUGCAACACUUGGAGCUGGUUCUGGAAGAAUCUGUUGAGGAACUUCCAUUCCCCUGGAUCUCCCUUCCUCAGCUGCGUACCCUUGAGAUUCUGAGUGCUAUAAGCCUCAGAGAGCUUCCCAGUGACAUCCGUUCUGCAAUGCCUCAGCUGCGGCAGCUGGUGAUUCACGAAGCUGAUUCGCUGACCGAGCUGCCAGCAUCAGUCACCCAGCUGCAGCAGCUGACCUCCUUGGAAGUGUGGGCUCGCAAGCUAGCUUCGAUUCCUGAAGGCAUUGGUGCAUUGUCCAGGCUGCGAAGGCUGGAUCUGUCCAACUGCCUGGCCCUGGAUCAGCUUCCCUCCUCUCUCACCCAACUCUCCUGUCUCCACGAGCUGGUGGUCCAGAACACAUCCAUUUGCUCAUUUCCUCCUAACUUUGCACAGCCGACAAGGCUGAAGACGCUGAAUCUGAGUAGGUGCAAGAAGCUGCCUGCUCUGCCAGAGGAUCUGACUGAGCUGAGGAUGCUCCACCGCUUGGAAGUUGGAGGGUGCAGGCAGUUGUUGAACAGAGGGGGGGUACGGGUACUUGCAGCCAAUAAAAUGUAUGGAUUGAGGAUAGAUCGCGAAUAGGUACUCUUCAGAUCACCUGUGGUUGAUAUUUCGAGCUUUCUGAUUUGUAGACUUCAACAAAAACCAACGAUUUAA